CUGGACCUUGAAAAAGUAAGAGCUCUGGUGUGUAAAUCUUCCUGUCCUGUGCUUCUUCCCUUCUAUUGUCUUUUUUCAAGCCGCAGAGUAAGCAGUUGAAGAGCUGGAUUUGGAUGUGAGAGUCUCCUAGACUCCAUGACAAAGGCAGCUGUGCACAGAAAGCAAGCAGCAAGAGGACAACAAGAUCAUCAGUCCUGGACCUAAAGCUUUUGGAAACCUGCCCCACCCACCCCGACCUCUGCGCAUAGACCGUGACUCCUGCAGUAUUUCUAACAGUGUUUAAUUUAACUUGUAUGGUUGGGUGGACAGCUGGAGAGUUGCUAAUUCUGCCCUCCUCCUGCCCCGGCUGUGUGUGUCAUCGUGCUGCCAGCCUGCCACUGGUCAGGAAAGCUUGUUUGUUGUUCUUCCCCUGGCCAGUGUGUGGGGCAGAAGAUCUUCAGCUCAAGGGGGUGAUAUGCAGAAUGAUGCGAGUGAAGACCAAUUAUAUCCAUUAUCACAAGCAGAUGUAGAUGAACUAUAUGAAGACUUUCUAAACGAAACAGAUCAUGGAGGCUUGGCUAGGAACCUUCCUGAAGGAGGUGCUGUGCAGGAGAGUGAAAAUGAAGGGGAACCACAUGUAAUACCCGGAGGAGCCCAGCAUGAGAUGCCAGCUGUUAGUUCACCCCAGAGGAUUCACUUAGGACCAGGAUCAUAUAUUUGCCCAGUGUGUGGAAAAAGCUUUACUCGUCGGUCUGACCUUACUAAACAUCUAAGAAUCCACACAGGGGAAAAACCAUAUGAAUGCUUGGAAUGUGGACAAGCAUUUAAGGACAGGUCCAACCUUAUUAGACAUAGAAUGAUCCACACAGCUGAGAAACCAUAUGAAUGCCCAGUGUGUGCCCAAAGAUUCAAACGGAGGGGAAGCCUUAUGGUCCAUCAAAGUAUUCACACAGGGGAAAGACCAUAUGGAUGUCCGGACUGUGAGAAAAAGUUCCGACUCAAGGAAAGCCUUACUGACCACCAAAGAAUCCACUCAGGGGAGAAACCAUAUACAUGUGUGGUGUGUGGGAAACGUUUCAGACAGAGGAAAAGUCUUUCUAGACACCAAAGAAUCCACAAAGCAGAGGAUGAAUGCUCAGGAGGUGGAAGGAGCUCCUCCCAGGGAACAAUCCCGACUGAAGAUCAGAGAGCUUACUGGGCAACACGGACUUAUAAAUGCUCACACUGUAAUGAGAGCUUUGCUGAUCCGUUGGGCUUGGAGGAACAUAAGAAAACACACAAUGGAGAAAGCAGCUCAUAACUGCAUGUUUGGAAAGAAGUUCCUUAGCAGCUCAUGUUAUAUUUUACAUCAAGAAAUCCUGGAGAAUGCAAGAUUACUAUCUGAGCACCACAGUGCAGUUAGAAAAUCAGAUGAAGCCUGCUCUGAGUAUGUUGCUUUUCUGUAUGUUGGAAAGCAUUUGCAUGCUGCUGGGCCUUUUUCGAUUAGUUGCUGUCUGUGAGGACCUCCCAGCAUAUACUUCUACAGUCCAUUGAAGAUUUUAAUUUCAUGUUUUAUCUUGAGAGGUUAAAUAGUAUUAAUCAUUUUAUUCUUUUAUGGAAACACAGAGAGCAGCCUGAUACAUGAAGCUUGCUUUUUGCUACAGACAGAUACACUGCAGCCAAUGGUUGACAUGCAGAAUAUUACACCAACACACAUGUUAAACAGGAGGAAGGUUUUCUGGCCACCUGCCUUCCUGGGGAAAGCUUUCUGCAGCUUCUGAAAACAUAUCCCUGAGGGCUGUGUAACUCACAGGGACAUGUGUUCCGGACACACAGGCAGCUUCCGAGGGAAAGAGAGUGACACAGAAACAUUGCUGGCCUGGGAGUGUGCGUGCACUCAAGAUGUGCACACAGUUCCUUAUUCUGGAUGUCAGCUGAUAUUUUAAGAUCAAAGAAUAUUCACAUGACAAGAAAAUGGCCUGAAUGUUUAGAUUGUAGCAAAGUAUUCUGUGAUAAUCAGGCUGGAUUAACAUGGAAACCAUUCAGGGGGAAAGGAAACCUGAAUCUGCAUGGAAAAGCAGCCGAGAAGGAAGGGAAAUGUAUCAAAGACUUCUGUUGUUCCAACUGAAAUGUACAUGAAGAUACCAGCUGCUACUUUUCAGAUAUUUAACGUAGUUUCUUUUAUCACUGCUUCUGUAUUGGACUGUAUUUACCUUGCUUAUUAAAAUUUUGUGAACUUUUUGGGUUUUUUA